UUGUUUCCGGGGGGAUUCCUAUUCUAGAACGCUGGCCGUUCUCGGUUUCCAUAGAAACGAAGACGCGGCCUAUGAAAGACUCUGCUGGUGAUCCAGGAAGAUGUCACAGGGAGAAGAACUGUUCGGUGCUCCUAGCUUCACCUUCCACCCCCUACCGAGCCGAGCCUUCAACUUCCUGGAGAAGAGAGACACUCGGGAGCUACUGACAAAAUGGUCAAUGAACGGUAGACUAACGGCACAAGUCUUUUCCUAUGACCAGUAUUUUCAGCCCUAUCAAAAAGAUGACUUUGUGCUGGCAUUUUUCCAGGAUCCAAACGUGAUUUCCCAUUUAAAGGUUCUUUCCGGCUCAGGAGAGUGGACUACAUUGGGAAAGAAAGUGGAGAAGGUUGAAGUCAAAGAGGUUCCCUGUACUCAGCUGUCAAUGUCCUUAUUUGACUGCCUGUGUGCAGCAAAUAUUGUCAGGGAAAGCGGAUAUAUUUCUAAGUGUCUUGACGAAUAUGUGGAUGACUUUAUGAUCUCAGAUGAACUUCGAAAAGUCCUCCUCGUGGAAGACUCUGACAAGUUUGACAUUUUCAGCCCUUCAGAUAGAGAACAGUUUAUUUUCCUGCUUUUCAAACAUCUUUGCCUUGGUGGAGCAGUCUGUCAGUUUGAAGAUGUCAUCGACCCGUAUCUAGAUACAACCAAAUCAAUGUACAAGGAGCUGCUGAGGGUGAUCCUACUUGGUGUAACUUGGUACCAGCAAGCAACUAUGCCCAUCUCCACCAUCAGGAGCUUCUGUGAAAACCAGCUGGUGCUUGGACUCGGCACCUUAG